UACAAAUUACAAAUACUGACGAAGGUUGCUGCAGAGCUGAGCAAGUACAUGCCAGAGAAAGCAGUAGAGGACACCUCCAGCAUUUUGAGAUCUCCCAUGCCUGGAGCAGUGGUGGCAGUUUCUGUCAAGCCUGGGGACACGGUUUCAGAAGGUCAAGAGAUUUGUGUAAUUGAAGCAAUGAAAAUGCAGAACAGUAUGAUUGCUGCUAAAACAGGCAAGGUGAAAGCUGUGCACUGCAAAGCUGGUGAUACCGUUGGAGAAGGAGAUCUGCUGGUGGAACUGGAAUAAAAGCUUGCGUCCACACUGUUGAAUUAGCUAAGCCUUUAUUAUUUCCAUCUGUAAAGUAAGAUUAAGGCAAUUCAACAGAAAGUGGACAGUCCUAUGCGCAAGAUUUUAUACAGUCGUAUUUAUUGUAUCAGUGGUUAAGACAGCAAACACAGAUGUUAAACCUUGGCAAGAGAUCCCAGAUUUUUACUUCCAGAAAUACUUGUACAUAACCUUUGUAAUUCUUUCAUUUUUCAGGAUCAAAUAAAAUCAAUAAAAUACUAUUUCUGCUUUAAAA